CCACAACGAAGGUUCCACCGGCGGUUCCGCGUAUGAGGGACGAGAGAAGGUUUUCCGGGAUUAGAUCACCUCCCGCGAGGAUACCACAUGCCUUCUUGAGAACUCGAUUGGUGAGCAUUGGCGCUCGUCAAGCUUGCGGUUUCAAUUGACGAUGAGCACCAAAUCAUUGCAGUUCGCCAGCGAGGUCGUCAGCGAGGCCCAGCGUGAUCGUGAACAUAGUCUGAGGACAUUCCAAGUGCGCAGGCCCACGAAUUUCUGUCGACUCUCCAUUGCCUUUGCAGCUGAGGCUGCUCUGCCGUUCAUGCCCAGGCUUGACAUUUCUUGGAGGCAGUGUGCGAAACGAAAUACAUUUCCGGUGCUCAGUGGAGUCGCAAGGUCCGCGAUGCGAAGUACUCGUUCUUCUGUUCGCGGAGUCCGUGAAACAACUUCAAGCGGGGCGGGGCGCAAGGCUGCUGAUAUGUCAUGCCCACGCUGCUGGAGAUUUGAAAAGAUUAUCCCGUACAAAGAUAGACUGUCAAAGGGCGCAGUAGGCGAUGAUGACGAGUAUAACCUUGGUGGUUUUUGUUGCAUUAUGGUGACAAUCCACCCGGACUUGGAUGCCAAUACCUGACGAUCGUAUGCAAUCCGAGCUAACCACACUGGUGACUCAUGGAAGUGCAUAUUCUUUUCAGGGCGGUAACUUUGGGCGAUAAUCAAUAAUCGGGCGCGCCGGAUUUCAAUGAAGCGGAGAGGGCGA